AUGCAAUGGUGUGCUUUGGUGCUGUUGUUAGUGUUGCGACAGCACAUCUGUGGCGCGGGUGAGAUUGCUGAAUGGGUGCGGUGGGGUGCUUAUGGUUGGAGUGGCUUGAUGUUGACGUUAGUGUUGCAACAGCACUGCAGUCAUGGCGUUAAGUAUUGCAACUGUGCUGCAGUUGUGGCACUACGGUGGGGUUGGGAUAAAAUCGAGUGGUUUGGUGUUGAUAGUGUUGUAGCGCAUUGCGACUGCGGUUGGGGUUGGUGUGGAAUGGAGUGGUUUGGUGUCGAUUUGUUGAAACCGCACUGCAUCUGUAGCGCUGGUGAGAUUGUGUGUUGGGGUAGAAUGGAAUGGUUUGGUGUUGAUGUUAGUGUAGCAACAGCACUCUGCGGCGCGGGUGAAGUUGCUGAAUGGUGCGGAUUGGUGCGGAUGGUAGUGCUGCAACAGCACUGCGGUUGUGCUGUGGUGGAACUGGAAUGGAAUGGUGAGAAAUGGAAGGCGCGGCUGGUGUUGGAAUUAGAAGUGGAACGGUGUGGAUUGACGUGA